ACAGUACAUAGGCACAAUUCAUUAAUGAGACAUCUCUUCGCUUCAGACAGCCGCAGAGGUUUUAAGGGAGAGUUUAAACAAUUGAACCGCAGACAAUUUAAAGCAGCGCAAAUUACUAAUGUCAACAAACGUCUUGAGGAUUAACAUUCUUUGUAAAGGACUAACACGACAUAAAUAAACACAGGAUCGGAGUGUUGAAAUGCCGCUUUGCGCCGUGAUCCUGAGGAUUGUUGAAAACUCGAGGAUUCUUAAAAGCUAAGGAGGACCUUUAUUUAUGUGCAGAAGUGAAUAUAGGGCAUCAGAAGCGCAGUUUUUACAGUAAAGUAACAACCAAUAUUUUAAAAAAUUUACAGGACCAUAGUAUUGCCCCCGAGUCUGUUAGUAUUCGAAAAGUAGGCAUCUAAACUUUUCGAAAACAUUUUAAUAACGGGCCCUUUAGACAUGGAGGUUGCAGCCGAUCAGUCUCGGUGGAUGGCCCAUCAUCAUGCGGUACUCAAUGGCCAGCACCCAGACUCUCAUCACCACGGGCUUACACACAACUACAUGGAGCCCAUGGCACCUCUUCUGCCUCCGGAUGAAGUGGAUGUGUUCUUGAACCAUUUGGACUCGCAGGGUAAUCCCUACUACCCCAACUCUCGGGCCAGGGUCUCGUAUGGACAAGCGCACGCUCGUCUCACGGGAAGUCAGGUCUGUCGGCCACACCUCAUACACAGUCCCGGUAUUCCCUGGCUGGACAGCGGCAAGGCAGCGCUCUCCGCCGCCCACCACAACGCCUGGGCGGUUAGUCACUUCAGCAAGCCCGGCCUACACCCCAGCGCCGGUUACCCGUGCAGCAGUAGCUCCAGCACUGCUCCCGUCUCUUCCCUCACAUCUGCAACUCACUCCAGUCCGCAUCCCCUCUACAAUUUCCCCCCGACCCCACCGAAAGACGUCUCUCCGGAUCCCGGUCCAUCUUCCCCGACCUCCACCACCGCAAGAAUGGACGAAAAGGAGUCCAUUAAGUACCAAGUGUCCAUCUCCGAUGGGAUGAAAAUGGAGGGAUGUAGUCCGCUCCGUGGAAGCCUCGCUAUGAGCGCCCAGACACCGUCCACGCAUCAUCCCAUCCCUACCUACCCGACAUACUCUCUACCCGCACCACACGAGUACGGCGGCGGUCUGUUUCACCCGGGUACUCUCCUCAGUGGAUCAGCGUCAAGUUUCACACCUAAAUGCAAAAGCAAGACAAGAUCGUGCUCAGAGGGGCGUGAGUGUGUGAACUGCGGAGCCACCUCCACCCCGCUUUGGCGGCGAGACGGAACCGGCCACUACCUGUGCAACGCGUGCGGCCUGUACCACAAGAUGAACGGCCAAAACAGACCCCUAAUCAAGCCCAAGCGCAGACUGUCUGCCGCGAGACGAGCCGGCACCUGCUGCGCGAACUGCCAGACGACCACGACCACUCUGUGGCGGCGCAACGGGAACGGAGACCCGGUGUGCAACGCCUGCGGGCUCUACUACAAACUCCACAACGUCAAUAGGCCACUGACCAUGAAAAAGGAGGGCAUCCAAACACGCAACCGCAAGAUGUCCAGCAAGUCCAAGAGGAGUAAGCGAUCCGGAGAGGGUUUCGAGGAGCUCUCCAAGUGCAUGCACGACAAGACCUCUCCGUUUGGCAGUGCCGGUGCCCUGGCAAGCCACAUGCAACACAUGGGCCACCUGCCACCUUUCAGCCAUUCCGGUCACAUGCUGCCCACGCCGACUCCUAUUCACCCGUCAUUCAGCCACCCUCACCAUUCCAGCCGGUCACCCGCCUGGGCCGAACCUCACUGAAGUUCCACCAUCACGUGCAUCCCCUCACCAGAGGCCUUGCAUUAGCUCCACCAUGCCUAACAUCUCCACGCACCCCCCUCCCGUCGACAAAUCUUCCACAGAUGCGGGACACGAAGGGGUCCAUGCUGGGUUUGUUUUUUGGUUGGACUUUGUCAUCAUAUCACCGACCAUGUCAACUUGUACAGAGGACGGUUUGCGCGUUUCUAAGCACCUCUCGCUGGACGCUGAGAACGCUCACAGAGCAGAGGGUUUUACUGAGUCACUUUGGUACUGUCCUGAAAGAGAGGAUGUGUCUUUGCAGAAUCAUUCAUUGAGGAAAGCCACCUCAGAACUUUCUAGCAAAGGACUCUACACAUACAAGAGAGAGAGACCACUAAUUUUAUCCCCCCUAACAUGCUGGAAUACACCCCCUUUUUGGGCAUGACUCCCUCUGAAUGGACUUUAUGGAUACGACAUACGCAAACAAAUGUUUAUAAAGGUUGUUAUUAUCGUUAUUGUUAUAAUUGUUAUUAUGAUAAUUUAUUUUCACUCUUUAUCUUUUAUUUUGCCUUCCUCAGAACACAUUGUUAUAUUAUAAAUAUUAUUUGAUUGCUAUUGAUGAAAAAAACACUGACCUAUCCUAGCCAAGGCAAUGUUGCCGAGCUGUACGUUUUUAUCAUUUUCCAUUACACAAAUAAAGCGAAAUAAAGUUUUAAUACUU